UGAGUAAAUUAUCAGGAAAAUUUUAUUUGAAAGUGAACUAAUCCUUUAAAGUGGUUUGAUCUCACCAGAAAUAUGAUAUAAGGUAUUAUGAUGACACUAGUGUUGAAUGAUGCACAGUAUGAUAAAUACAGAAAAAUAAAGAGGUUUUCACAUGUGAAGCCAUAGAAGAACCUUUCAGUGAAAAAUGUUCUUGGUGUGAAGAACAUUUUAAAAAUCGAAAGAACAUUUCCACUAAAGAACCUUGAAACAUCCAUGGAUAUUAAAGGUUCUUCAUGGUGCCAAUAAAGAGCGUGAUAUUAUGAUGGCAUUGUAUAAUAUUAAAGUCUAGUAGUAUUAUCUGAAAGUCUGAAGCAGUUUUGUACAAGAGCACUCGGCAGACCCUUGUUUUGUUUCUUUCUUACGCGGUCUCCAUCUCUCUCUCUCACUGUCUCACACGCACAUUCCCGAUCAAUAGUAAUGUUUGAAACGCAUUUCUCACAUCUCAAUGUCACCCCUGCCAUCUCCAUAUGCUCAGUCAUGACUCAUGACAGCUGUUGACGUUAUUCUACAUGACUGAUGUGUGUUUGCAGCGGCACGCGCUAUAGAAAUUCUCACGGAAUGACACGCGCGUAUCUAGAAUAUAGGACACUGUCAUGGAAAUGCGAGCACCUCAGCGGCCAGUAAGGUGUUUUGAUGGAUGCGAGGUUAUCCCGAAGAACAUUUGCCAUCCCUCGAACAGAAAACCAAUAGAAAAGCGUUUUCUCUACGUAAUGAAUCCCCUCCUCCUCCGACAUAACGGAGCGAUGCUGGCGUUCAUGCUUCAAUCGAAUCGCGUCUAAUCGAAUCGCGGCUUCAGCACGAUGGAGACGGAGUCCCUGGCGUGAAUUGAAGGGGGAAGCCCUCAGCACAACACAAAAUAUACACAAUGCGCUCCUCCUGUCGCGAAUACGAUGCCUUUCUCUGGAUGGUUGGACUCCUAAUAUCAUCUCGCUGAGCGAUGAUGCUCGUGUUACGGCUCGCCUUUGCUCAACGUCCGCUUUAUUCGCGAAAGAAGCAGCAGAACGGAUGCUUGACCACUGCGAAACUGUCUUCACGCAUCAAGCCUCUUCUGAAUAUUGGCAAGGGACACGUUAUCAUAACCACGAGGGCCAGGGAGACACGAUUAAAGUUUCAACGAUGUAAAUCGAGGUCUGGUAUGAGUGAAGUCGCCUCCGUCUAGCACAAACUAGAGCUCACGUUUGAGAGAAGUGAAAGAGGAAGUCCAUUCAGCGUUUGCUGCAUAUCGCACCAUGAGCCAGCCACAGCCCCCUCAGCAGGCGGCAGUGCCGGAUCUGGAGGUGAUCUCUCAGCAGGUGGAGGAUGAAGGCCAGUGCAUGGCUCCAGUGCAGCUGGUCAGCUUCGCCUACAGGGACCUUCCUCUAGCUGCCCUGGACCUCUCGCUGGCCGGAUCCCAGCUACUUUCCAAUCUGGACGAAGAGGACAACCAAGAAGGGUCUAACUGGCUGAAGCCGUGCUGCGGGAGGAGAGCAGCGCUCUGGCAGGUGUGUUUGCUGAGUGCCGGCUUCAACUGUUUCCUGGUGGCCUGUGUCAUCUUGGUGGUGGUCUUACUGACUCUGGAACUGCUCAUCGAUACUAAGCUUCUACAAUUUAAUAAUGCAUUCCAGUUCGCCUGUAUCAUCCACUGGAUCAGCCUGGUCAUCCUGUCUGUCUUCUUCACUGAGACUGUCUUUAGGAUUGUGGUGCUCGGGAUAUGGGAUUACAUAGAGAACAAAGUUGAGGUAUUUGACGGUGCUGUGAUUGUACUCUCUCUGGCCCCAAUGGUGGCCUCCACGGUGGCUAACGGCCCCAGCAGCCCCUGGGACGCCAUCAGCCUCAUCAUCACCCUCCGCAUCUGGAGAGUCAAGAGGAUCAUUGACGCGUACGUGCUGCAGGUGAAGGUGGAGAUGGAGAUGGAGAUCCAGCAGUACGAGAAGACCAAAGCUGUGAGAGAGGAACAGCUGGAGAGACUCACACAGAUCUGUCAGGAACAGGCCUUUGAGAUCAGGCAGUUGAGGGCUCACCUGGCGCAGCAGGAUUUGGAUCUGGCCGCUGAGCGGGAGGCCGCCAUGCAGAUCCACCACGUAUGGGGGAAACAGAGCAGCAGCUUCCAGGAAAUAGACGGCCUGGGGCCCGCUGGAUCUGACAACGAGUGCCGGGCCAAUACCAGAGAACCCAGACCUGCUCCAGAGAGUGUUGUUCAGGAUGAUAUGAAUAACUACAUCAGUCAGUAUUACAGUGAGCCAAGUAGCGACAUUGGAGUGCCCGACCCUGGUGCUCGUGUCAUAACCACAGCAGCCAUCGAUGUCCACCUUCCCACCAACCCCAACCAGUUGCCGCCUUCCCUCGUUAGUGCCGACGGCCCGGGAAGUGGCCAGGAACACGGCAGCUCUGUAAGUGAAGCAUCCAGCACGACCAUGUCCCGGUCAAGUUGCAGCUUCACGGCCCGGCAGCACAGCAUCAGCAGCCACACGCUGGGCUCCACAACUGACUGCAGCUCUACCGUACGGGAGGCCUCCACCUCCGACUACAGCGGCCAGCGCUGCUGCCCUCCUCCAUACUGCAGCCCUUUGACCCUCGGGACGCAAUCGGGCGUCCACGACCCCAGCGCGGUGGUCAAGGAGCUGCUCUCUUCCUUGUCCGAGGACUCCUGCCUAGCGCAGAAAGGCAGGGUGGACCCGGUCAACCUUAAAUUGCCCAGUCCGGCAGGGUCAGUGAAGGCCAGUCCGGAACUGGAGCACAGGGUGAACAUAUACAACAAGAGAAACCAGGAAAGUCUGGGCGUAUUCCAGACCAAGCCACUAAUUCACCUGCAGGGGACCGAGCCAUCUCUGGAGGAGAAGUACAGGCUUAUGGAGCCGGCCGAUACUCCACUGAGCCAUAUACCAGACACAUAGAGCAUGAAGUGUGGGACAGUAACCACCAACACCAGCUGAAGCAGCCUCUCUCUUGGCCUCUCUCUGUAUAUCACUUACUCAUUGGCUGUGUCCGAAAACUGAAAAAUGGUGCCUUCACUGGCAGUAUCUGAGGUAGGAAGGCAUCAAGGCAUAUCCGAUUCCAAUGUUUGUGGAACAUCCUGUCUACUGAAAGAGUGUGACUAGUCUAGUAUUUGCUGAAUCAAUGUAAAUGACUCAGUGCCAACACUGCUACUGGAAAGACUCUUACCUGCAGAGUUUGAUUCCAAAUCUGCUCCAACACACCUUCCUGUAGUUUUUAAGUAAUCCCGCAAACCUUGGUUUGGCUGGUGUAUUUGUGUUUGAUAAGGGUUGGAGCUAAACCCUGCAUGAAAGUAAUUCUCCGGGAGCAGGAUUGGACACCCCUGCUUCUUUUCACCAGAUUCUUGUGGAUUGACUACGGAGCCCCUAAAGGGACAAUGCUUUUGCAUUCUCUAGCAAUUGUAUUGCAUUCCCCAUGUCCCUUUAGGGGCUCUAUAGAAUGCACUACACACCUUUUAAGAUCUGAACAUAUUUUAAAAACACUAAGGGCCAGAUCUACUAACAGCUUGCGCCAGCACAAACCCUCUUUUGGUGUUAAAAAAAUUACUGUCAGGAUUUACUAAAGGCAUGGACACAG